ACCACUCUUCCAAAAUAAUAACAAUAACAAUAAUUAUUCAUGGAUGCUUCUUGCACCCAUCACCACAGCUCCAAUUACUCCCCGGAUGAUCGUAUAUUCCGGCAAGAGUCACUCCCUUUUGAUCUCAACGACUCCCAAGAUAUGCUACUGUUUGACAUGCUUGUAGUUGCAUCAAUGGUAGAUCUGGAUCAACAAGUCAAGGACGUCGAACCAGUUAAUAAGUUAAAAACCAGCACCAACAAGUCAUACCGAGGCGUUAGGAGACGGCCGUGGGGGAAGUUUGCUGCGGAGAUAAGGGAUUCCACAAGGCACGGUGUCCGUGUAUGGCUUGGGACGUUUGAUAGCGCAGAGGCGGCCGCUAUGGCGUACGAUGAAGCCGCGUUUACAAUGAGAGGGUCGUUGGCGGUGUUGAAUUUUCCGGUUGAGAGAGUGAAGGAGUCAUUGAAGAAGAUGAAGUAUGGUUUUGAAGAAGGGUGUUCCCCGGUGGUGGUGCUCAAGAAACGACACUCUCAUAGGGGUAAAAGAGACGGUAAAGUCGCGGUCGGCCAGAAGGAGAUCCAUGGCGGUUUUGGAGGGUUUCAUUAGGUGAUGAUUGUUUGGAACAAGUUUUCAGAAGAUGUUAUUUCUUCUGUAUGAUCCCCUUUUAGUAAGUUGUGAUCUUUGUCAAUCAAUCAAUUAAUCGUACCAACUAAAUCCUACAAAUAGAAAAACUAUUAGUAGAGUCUAAGAAGGGUGUGAUAUAGGCGCGCUUUAUCUCUAUCCCUAAGUUGUGAUCUUUGUACAUAAGAAAAUGUUUUACUUACACUUUGGUCUUUUAGAUAUUAUUGUAAUUUAAUAUCUUUGAGUCUAAUUACAUUUCGUUCUUAGGUUUAAAAAUUA